CUCGCAAAAUGCAUGAGAGUUUUCCAGUUGGUGUGAGUGACCUAUGUGGAAUUGUUGCCCACUGUGCAAUAUUUGGUUUGCUUCCACCUCCCUCCUCCCACAAUGUUCCACUUCAACUCACGUAUUCUUACUCCUCCUCUUCCCCUUCCUCUCGCUCUUCCUCUCGCUCUUCCUCUCGCUCUUCCUCUCGCUCUUCCUCUCGCUCUUCCUCUCGCUCUUCCUUCACCAAAACACCCAUAUGCAUCACAAUAUGCUCCUCCCUCACCACACAGUGCACCUUCAAGCUCACAUUAUCUAGUUCUCCAGCGUCCCAAAUACACAAGGAAUCAUUGUCCGUGAUGUAAAAAUCAUGAUGCGUAGUGACAGCGACUUUCGCCUUAAUAAGUCUAUGUUUGUCCUCGCCACCGUCGUAAUACUCCUGGAAACUGUUUGGGACUAACAAGAGGUUAUUUGCACGGAGGAGUUGGCCCAAUCGAUGCUCCGGGAUCGAAGUUACAUGGCGUUGUUCAUUCUCGUGAUGACCUCCCCUUACAGUGACUGCGCAGUUGACUGUUUUUUUGUUAGUUCGCUGAUACUGGAGGAGAAGCUAAGAGGAUAGGGAUACAUACAUUGGAUCAGUGGAUCCAAAGUUGAUGUAGCUCGGGUAUGACGCUGAGGCUCCUCAUACUCUUUAUCUCUAUCUUGCAACUCCGCAUCCCCAUCUAGCUCUGCUGUAUAUCCAUUAUCUUCAUCCACAGUACCAGAAUCGGCUCCCCCAUCUGAUCCAUCCGCACCAUUCGUUUCGCUAGACCUUCCUUCAACGAUGUCAAUGUUUCCUCUCUUCAUCAAUUCUCUGCAUUCAGGUGGCGCUGCAAUCUUUCUUGCUUGAAGAACUUUCAUGUAUUCGUCAUGCAAGUCUUUCGCAAUCUUCGACAUGGGUUUCAAGAGGGUAGCCAGACUAUCGACAUUUGGACGCUGCUUCUU